AUGUACGUUAAUACAGACACACAAUCGCAACAACAAAACCAAGAUAGAUACAAGUCUGGUAGAGGAAGAGGAAUAGGAGGACGCUACACGUACCGAGGAAGAGGACAAGGUCGUUACGAGUAUAAUGGAUAUAACGGAGGUUACUACAGACAAGAGAAAGAUACAUCGAAGGUGGUAUGCUUCAGGUGUGACAAACAUGACAUUAUGUUGUCUUGUCCAGACAUAUUGCUUAAGUUACAAGAAACAUAUGAAAUCGAAGAGGAUACUAGACAAGAAGACGAUGAACUAAUGAUGCACGAAGUUGUAUUUCUUAAUGAGAAGAACAUCACGCCAAGCAAGUUUGAAACAAACUCAGCUGGAGAUAAUAUGUGGUAUCUAGACAAUGGAGUUAGCAACCACAUGACUGAGAAUCUCAGUUACUUCUCAAAGCUUGAUGAGAUAAUAAUGGGAAAUGUGAGGUUUGACGAUGAUUCACAUAUAGACAUAAAAGGUAAAGGAUCAAUGCUCUUCAUAACAAAGAACGGUGAAAGAAAUAUACUUACCGAUGUUUACUUUAUCCAUGACCUAAAGAGCAGCACCAUAAGUCUUGGGCAAGCCACUGAAGCGAGGUGUGAGAUUUGA